AUGCCUCACUCGCUCCCAGUUGGCGAGUACGCCCGCGGUCCAGCAGGCGCAAGCCGGAGCCCGUGCCCCGUAGUAAACGCGCUCGCCAACCACGGCUACAUCAACCGCGACGGGCGCAAGAUAUCCAUGUCGGAGCUCAACGCGUCCAUGCGGUAUGUCGGCAUGAGCCCGCUGCUGGGCUCGAUCUUUGCCAUACCUACCUAUUAUGAAUUCCACAACCCGGAAAAGGCAUACCUGCAGCCGCCUGUCAGCGCGUGGAGCAAGUUCUGGGGCCUCCUCAAGGACCCGUACUCGUACUUUUCGUACUUUGGAUGCUGGAACCCGGGACAGAUCAACCCGGACACCGGCAGGAAGUAUCUCGACCUGGAGAACCUCGCCGCGCACGGUGCUAUUGAGCACGACAUCUCGCUGUCGCGGCGGGACAUCGCGCAGAAGGAAGGAAACAAUGCGCCGCAGCCAGACCUAAUCAGGGAGCUGCUCGAGUCCUCGUUCGACGGGGAGACGAUGACGAUUGAGGACCUGGGGCAGUUCAUCAAGGUGCGCAUCAAGCAGCAGCUGCAUGAUAACCCGGAGCUCGUGUACGGUCCGUCGGAGCACCAGGUCAACUGCGGGCAGAUUGCGCUCAUGAUGGGUUGUUUUGGAGACGGCAAGACGAUCCCCGUCAAGUAUGUCAGGGCCAUUUUUGAGGAUGAGCGGCUGCCUAUCGAGGAGGGCUGGAGCAAGAGGUUCUGGUGGACAAUGGGGAUGGUCGAAUUCUUCCGUGCGGUGCAGCACCUGGUCGCGACAGUGGGCGUGACGUUUUAG